GCACCACGAAACAAACUAUAACGUGCUGCUGCCCGUGGGGCCUGUCUCAGUUUGGGAUUGGAUAAUCCCAGGGCCCUAGACGUGGAAUAUUCUGGAUUUUGCAGUUUGGACGUGCAUUUCACCACUGGUGUUACGUUUGAGUGUGCACGUAGGCUAUCUAGUGACAAACUAUGGGGAAGGCUGAAAAGGGCACUCCGAAAUGGAUUGCGAACAAGGCUAAAGCAAAAGGACUUCAAAAACUUAGAUGGUAUUGUCAGAUGUGCCAAAAACAGUGCAGGGAUGAGAAUGGCUUCAAGUGUCAUACCAGCUCCGAAUCACACCAGAGGCAGCUUCUGCUGUUUGCGGAGAAUCCUGAUCAAUAUUUGGAUUCAUUCUCUCAGGAGUUCGAGGAGGGCUACCUGGAGCUGCUGCGGCGCCGGUUCGGCACCAAGCGCGUGCACGCGAACAACGUGUACCAGGAGUACAUCGCGCACAAGGAGCACCUGCACAUGAACGCCACCCAGUGGGAGACGCUGACCGACUUUGUCAAGUACCUGGGCCGCGACGGCAAGUGUACCGUCGACGAGACCGAGAAGGGAUGGUUCGUCACGUACAUCGACAGGGAUCCGGAGACGCUGGCUCGACAAGAGGCGCUGCUCAAGAAGGAGAAGAUGGACAAGGAUGACCAGGAGCGCAUGAUGGAGUUCAUUGAACGCCAGGUGGAGAAAGCCCGCGAGCAGGGUGGCGAGGCGGCCACCGCCGAGUACACCGAGCUGCAGCGGCCCGACGACGAGCGGCCCAUACGGCUGGGCCUGGCGCUGCCGGCGGCGCGCAAGGCUGAGCUGCGGCCGCCGCGGCCCGGCGCCAACCUACUGGCGCGCGAGGGGCCGACGCGGCCGAGCGCCUCCGCCGCCGCCUCCGCCUCCGGCAAGAGGAAGAUGAGCGCGCUCGACGAGAUCAAGGCGUUCGAGGAGCAGAAGAAGGAGAAGAUGAACAGGAAGGACUACUGGCUGACAGAAGGCGUCGUGGUGAAGGUGGUGACCAAGGACCUGGGCGACAAGUUCUACAAGCAGAAGGGCCACAUCACCGAGGUGCAGGACCGCUACCGGGCCGUGCUGCGCCUGCUGGACGGCGGCCACAAGCUGAAGCUGGACCAGGCGCACCUGGAGACAGUCGUGCCGGCCGUGGGACGGAAGGUGAAGAUCGUGAACGGCGCGUACCGGGGCGCCACGGCCACGCUGGACGCUAUACAGGAGAAGAAGUUCUGCGCGUCGCUGACGAUAGCCGAGGGGCCGCUCAAGGGCCGUCGGCUCAGCCAGGUGGCGUACGAGGAUUUCAGCAAGCUGCACGUGGCCUCGUGACGCGUCGGCCGCGUGUCGCCGGGCCGCUGGCGGCUGACUGUGAUACGGGCCGCGGGUGCCAACCCGCGACCUGAUUGGGCCAC